AGUGUCGUUAAAAAUCUCUCAUGUCACCGAAUCCGAAACAACUCGUUGACUGUUGUGCAAAAGAUGGGCCCCUUUGCAAGGACUGUUGUAUACAGCAUUGGACUUUUAGUUGCUUGUGGUGGCCUAUUUUAUUCGGUAACACCAUCAGAGUCAGCAUACAGUCAAAAACUUAAUGAGGUUAGCGGCUAGCAUCAUAUUGAGGAUUAUUGAUUAAAGGGAAGCGUUAUCCACACAGCUCUGUGAAUAACUAUAACUAAUAACUAUAACGUUGAGCGUUAUCGGCAGACCGAGAUCUGCGAAUAACGCCGAGCGUUAUCGGCAGACCAAAAUCUGCGAAUAAUGCAGAGCGUUAUUGUUAGACAGAAAUGUUCCCAUAAUUACACACAUUUCUAGAAAUAAUUAAGAUCACAUUCCAAGCCGGGGUAGGGGCGUAGUUUUAAGUAGUGUAGGAUAGAUGAGAUCGUUAAUGAGAAUGGCACAAACACAUCUCAAAACCGAAGCUACCGGUAUGCACAAGUUAAAUUAAAAAAAUUUAAUAGGCCUAACUAUAGCCUAUAUAUUGGAUAUAGGACAAUUAAUUGUGCCUACAUCUGCUCUGUUAGGGGCCAACAUAUUCGACCUAUAGAGUGUUACUAAUAGAUGCAGUCAAACCUCCUACUCCUAGACACAGCUAAUUUUCUGGUAUUUCAUAUUAAAUGUUAUACCAGUAAUAAAAAUGGUACCGGUAUUCUUCAUGUAGACUCACUUUCACCCACUGUAGAGAUGUCUUUAAAUGAUGUCAAAGCUUGAUAGGAUAUCGUUUAGUUUUUUUUUAAAGCACUAUGAUAUAUCACGUAGUCCAGAAAUGUUCUGACAGAAAUAGUUGACAUGCCGUGCAACAGAUGCAGAGAGGUGUCUCCAUCAGGCGGCCAUGGGAGGGGCAUAUAGGCCCUACAUCGAUAAUAACAGAAUCUAAUCCUGUUCAAGGCUAGUAUUUUUUCCUGAUCCUUGAGGAUGUCCCGAAGUCUACCCAGCUCUGGGCUUAGCUGGGGAAAAGUAAAGCUGGCUGGUUAUUGCGCUGGCCAUACACUCAAACUUGUAAACGCUGCUUCAAUUGCCCCAAGGGAACUUUACUUCCCAAAGACUCACAAAGCAUCCUACGACCAGCAGGGUUCCAAUUAAUUUUUGUAUGCUUUUUUUGUAUUUAGACCCAUAGUUACAACAAUGGCAGUAUGGCUUUUUGUUUCAAUUAUCAACAUUUUUUUACAAGGGCUAAAAUUGUUGAUGUCAAUGAUAUUGAUGUGUUUUAAGUACGGUACCGGUAUGUUCAUUUCAUUGUCAUCACUAAAUGUUAUUUCAACUAUUUCUGGAGUGGCAUAUUGUGUCCCUACUUAUUAUGAUACUUAUUAGAAAAUAAAAUGAAACAAAUAAAAUGUGACAUAUUUUUUCAGCUAAACAUUAAUCAUUAAUACACAACUCUGAGAUCUAAAAUAUUUGAAUAAUUAAGUUAUUAAUAAGUAUUUGUUUAUUAGAGAAAAAACAAAUGGAUGUUAAAGUCUAUGGGUGGAAUUAUACAAAGAAAAUUAAACAGUCAAAAGAGCUAAAAGUAUAUCACAAUGCACAGUUAGAACAGCUGUAUCUGACUUAAACAUGGUUUAUGCGGCUCAUCUGCAUGUCCAUGUUGUUUACAGUUUUUUGACGAAACUUGAAUGAACAUUCUAACAAAAUAGAUUGAAACUUGUAACAUAAGUAACAAAACUAUAUGAAAAUAAUAAUAAAACUAUGUGAACAGAAUAAGAAAGCUAUAUGAAGAAUAUUAUUAUAAUAUAACACUACGAAAUAACAAUUAAAUAUUUUUUUAAAAAAUUUUAUUUAUAAAAAUGAGGCUUCCCCGGCGGGGAAUCGAAUCUAUGUCUACCAUGUGACGGGCGGAGAUACUGACCACUACACUACAGAGGAGAUGUUUACAUACGAACUUUGUAUUUUAUAUUCAUAAUCUAAUUUUUCACAUUCUGCGAAUAAUGUCGAGCGUUAUCGGCAGACCGAAAUCUGUGAAUAACGGCGAGCGUUAUCCGCACAGCUCUGUGAAUAAUCACUUCGUUGAUUAAAUGUAAAAUGUAAUAGUAAUAUUAAAAUAAUUAUGAAGUAAAUCUAAGUUACUGAGUCAGUGACUGAGUUACUGUUACUCAGAGUUACUGUUAUUAUUUCUAUUAAAUUAUUAACUAUUACUGCUACCUUAACGCCCUAGUGGUAGUUAACACUGUAACUAUUAAGAGAAUUAUUAGAAGACAUACUAUUAAUAUUAUAAUAAUCAAUAUCACUGAUCUCUAUUUUUGUCUUAAUAAUAUCAUAAUCAUACUACUGAGUGUCUGAAGCUAAGACAAGACCAUUAAAGAACCAUCCAAUACUGAGAUCGCACUAUUUUGGACAUUGUAGCCUAAGGUGACCAAAUCAUGAACUGGAAAAAACGGGACGCCUUCAUAGAGGGUUUUGGGGAGGGGAAAUACCCUCCAGCCAAAGAGGGGUGCGGGGGCCUCCACCGGAAACUGUUUAUUGAAAUAUGCUAAUUUUAACUAUGAAAUCUAACCUAGAAAUCUACUCAGUCUUUUCAUAUGUUUCACUGAUAUGUUGUUUUAUGUCUGAAUAUCCACCAUGACCAAUACUACAGACACUAUGGCAAACUGUGCACUCGGCUUCACUUUCAUAGCAUCCCUUUUUAAUAUAGUUCCACUCUUUAAAAUACUCCUCUAUAAACGUACAUUGACGCUUGGGCAUAAUUAUUGUCUACAUGUGAAGAUAAUAUAAAAUUAAAUAAUGAAGUUCAACACCCAAAACAAACACCUGACAUGAAAAGACCGGCAGGGAUCACACACACAAGACUAAAACAUUACACAUAGCGGUAGUUGAAUCAAAAUUGGUUUCUGCGAAGUUACAUCCUAUUCCCCCCUCCUCCCGCGUCUUCAAGUCUUGUGCCUUUCGCUAUACAUUUACAUAUAAGAUCUAUGGCAGAAACACUGUGGUGGAGGGGGAACAAUGCAGCCAUCGCAUGAGCCCACAUCACUACUGGCACUUGCUACACAGCUAGCCAAAAUAUUACUUGAAUUUAUAUUAUAAAUUAGGAAGUUUUCGUGAUUUUAAAAUGGGUUUGGUUUAAAAAACGGGACAUUUAGGCGUUCUGAGAGACUUUUUUGGGACAACGGGUACGAUCAUGAAAAAAAACGGGACAAUCCUGUUUUUAUGGGAUGUUUGGUCACCCUACAGUAGCCGUAACAUUAGCAAUAAUACAUCAUUAAAAAAAGUGUUCUCCCCACCUCCAUCACCCAGAUGCAUAGAUCAUAGAGGGUAAGACUAAGAAAUUAGCGACUAAUAAUUUAAAUAAGAAGCAGUGAUUGCUAGUCCCUAUUCAAGUAUUCAUUCAAUUGUUAGUUUAUCUAAUACUAAUAAUAUUAUUGAUAACUUAACUGAACUAUUAGGCUAUUUGGCGCAUGAAAAAAAGGGGAUGGUUUAUAAUUAUAUUUUAUUUAUUCAAUCUUGGGGGUCAAGUUAUUUUAAAUUUUUUAUACCUUUUUUCACGCUUUAAUUUUAAUAUAGGUAAAUUUAGCCUAUAAUGUGUAGGCUGUGGCGUCGCUAGAGUUAGUGCCACCUGGGUUGGGUUCAAAUAAAUCGGGGUACUCUCUAAAAUAUUUUAAAUAGCCAUUAUAUUCUUAGGCUUCUCAUCACCAUUUAACUUUAACACUAUCCAACUAUACCUUAUUAUAAAAAAAACUUUCCUAGUUAGGUGUAAAUUUAAAUAUUCAAGUUUGGAUACUGAACUCUUAACAAAUCGCCCACAAUAUGUCAAGACCAAUUAUCUCUAACCAGAGAAAUAAGCAAUAAGAAGUAUACAAUACAUACCAAUGAUAUUCAGAGCUCAAGUGACAUUGAUCCAAUUUUAAAAAUAAUACCACCAUUGUUGGCUUAAUAUCUGAGAGAAGGCUUAUACCGCAACUUAGACUUAGUUACAAGCUUUAUCAAUCGGUGCUGAAUGUCUCAUCUCAAAAACAAAGGAAAUGGUUGAUUUUAGGAGGGGGAAACACCAGUUUACAGAUCUCAACAUAAAAAAAUCAAAGUGCAGUGAAAGUAUAGUACUUAAGUGUCACCAUUAAUAAUAAGCUAACAUGGCAUGAGCGCAGCCUAAUGCUAUAUAAGAAAUUCAACCAAAAAACUGUACAAUUUCGGCUUAAACAAACAAGUCGUUAAAUUGUUCUACAGUGCAACAAUUGAAAGCUUACUUAAUUUCAAUAUUACCUUCUGAUGUGGGAAUUCAGUCUGAUAAAUAAACACCGCAUAAACUGACUAAUCAAGAAAGCUAGGAACAUAACACAAACUAAACAACCUUCACUUGAAGAACUAUUUGAAGAAAGGUGUUAUUGUAAAACUUAAUACAUAUUGAUAUUGGAUGAUACAUCCCACCCUCUUCAUCCCAGAUACUUAGGAUCGUCCCGUUCGGCGAAUUCUUUCUGUCAGGGCGCGAGGACUGAAAGAUAUAAACGUUCUUUGGUUUCCCAAUCUUUUCAAAUUUACCAGCGUGCUCCCCCUGAAGUCACAAAUCUUAAUGAGAACUAAUAAGUCCCUGACUGAUAUGGCUAAGAGAAUUCACUGAAUGGCUGUUUUUUUCAAUAGUCAAUGUUCAAAUUGUUUUAUUUAUAUGCUGAAAAUGUACAAUGCAAUCAAAAAACAAUCAAUAAAAGAAUCUUAUCUUGUUUUCAGAAUUUUGUGGACCUCUUUUUGAGUUAAUUUUUAACUGAAUGAAAAAAUUAUUAAUAAUAAACCACCUAUCUAUAAAUUGUAUUUUUAAAUUUAAAAUGAUAAUUAUUCUGGCAUUUUUUCAUACCUACAGAAACAAGGAAUGUUACCACAAGAUGUUUUGGAGGCAAGAAGAGAUAAAGAGCAGUUAAUGUCUAAAUUGAGGAGUGAAGCUGGAUUGAAACCAAAGGAAGAAUCUUAACCAUUGCUAAUUUAAACUGUUAAUAAUAGUUUAGUGUCAUUGUGUAAUUUUUAAUGAUCAUGAUGAGUACAAGUGUAGUUGUUUUCCUUAAAUUAUCUAAAUAAGUUAAAUAAUAACCAAAUUAUUCAAUCUCCUUACAUUUUUUGCAUAUAUCAAGAUGACUGAUAAGUGCUAUUGUUUGUCUUAGUAAUGUGAUACUUUCAGUAGGUACUCUCAGAUAACUUGAUGCACUUUGGUACUAUACUGAGAUUGUGUACGUUUAAUUAUGCUAAACUGCUAUGUUGAUAACUCUUUCGUUUCGUUGAAUUAACAUUUAACGAUAGGAAAUACAAAAUAUACACCUGCCCUUUUACUAUGCAACUACUACAAUACAUGCAAACCAAAUUGUAGAUUUAGUAAUGGAUUAUGGCAGUAUCAAUUUAAUGUUACUAUUGGGGAGAAAAAUGUUAUGUAUUUUCCAAUUCUCUUUCAAAAUAUUAAUUUUAUUUUUUAAAUUACAAUUUAAUGAAUAAAUGACGAAAUAAAUUAUUAUUUAAUAUUCUCAGUUGCUAGAGCGUUUAUAUAUAACAUGAGUUUAAAAUAGUUUAUAUUAAUUUUGAAAUAGUGGAACGAGAGCAUUAUUGUAACAAAUGAUAAAAUAAUGUACCCGGUAUCGGCACCUGACAAACUGUUUUAUGUAAUAGAAUUUUUAUUAAAGAAGCUUUACAGCUGCACGGAUUGUUUAUGAGUUGUGUAUUUAGAUGGUUUAUGAGUUGUGUACAGUUUGUUCU